AAAGUGACAGAUGCGCAGCGCACAGCAUUGUGGGGAACAAAUAAGAGCGCCGAAAGGCUACCAGGCAGCACAAAGGAAACAAAAGAGCAAAAGUGACUUUUUUUUAAAACAAAAUGACAAAGUAGUAUGAUACGAUAGUAUGAUUGGGGUCAGCCUUGUUAGUGUGUCUGGCCAACGCGGGGAAUGUAUGCUAGCCAGGAUACGACGGUGUCUUGCCGACUAGCUUUGGCUCAGCCCAACUGUUCGCAGGCCCAGCAACUGGUAGAAGCUUUGGUCUAACAAGGUAAAUAUUCUUCUCCCAGUUUGUGCAUCAACGGCGGUCUCGCGUUCCGCGUUUUUAUCUGAUUAUCGUGUCUGGCAUGCAUUGUUGUCGGCAGUCGGCGAGUCGUCGGCUAGGUGCUAAGCUACUGGUAGCUUUUUGGCUAAUGCGCUAGCAUUGCUCGGUGCGUUAAGGAAGUCGGGGUUAAAAGCGGUCAAACCGGAAGUUUAAUAAACACGGACUUCAAAAUGAAGGCUUUUGUUUUUAAGUGAAUGUAAAAACACUUCCAGGUAUGUACCGUGGCCGACGACAAUGUACAACAUAGCGUUAGUUAAUAAAGCGUUGCGUAAUUGUAUCAUAUGGAACUAUGGUUGUAAUUAUAGGUGCUACUUAAUUGGGAGGUCAUAACUAUUAUGUACUAUAUACGAUCUUUUUGAACAAUCUGAUGAGUCUUGAAAAUGCAGUACUUUUUCCACAAUAAGCGACCGGUGUCAUCAGAAUAUGACAUUUAUGUCACGGAGGAAAUUAUAUGAUCAAUUCUAUCAAGAGCUUUAAAAGACAUGUCCAUUGUACAGUCUUAUAUGUUUCACUUUAUUUUGCCACCAGAAUGCAGUUGUCAUGUGACAACAGACCUGAGCAAAACCACCAUGUCAUGUAUUUUAUUUUGAUAGCCGUUGCAGGAAGUGUUGUGUUUGCUCUGCUUCUUGAUUAGAAUGUGACACUUAGCUGAUGUUUGCUAAACUGUAUUGUUGAUGAUAUGUUCAUUAAUUAGGUGUGUUUGGAACAUUUAAGGUCCCCCCUGUCGUGUCUUACAUAGACCACUUGUGCUUUUUGUGAACUUUGACCCAAAGGGUCGUUUUUAACAAUGAUGUUUCAUCAGUUGCUAGUGUGUGAUGAUAGUUAAACAGUGAAAAGAGCAGGUUGUAAUCUGGACGUCGUCAAGUCAUUGAGAGGACACGGUUUACCCCCAUGGUCAGAACCUGACUCUAUCAUGGGAGUCAAAACUUUCACCCACAGCUCGACCUCCCACAGCCAGGAGAUGCUGGAGAAGCUGAACGCUUUGCGCAAUCAAGGUCACUUGUGUGAUGUUACCAUCAGGGUGCAAGACAAACAUUUCCUGGCCCAUAAAGUGGUCUUGGCAUGCUGCAGUGAAUUCUUCCGCUCUAAACUGGUUGGUCGACCAGAGGAGGAGGACAAGUUUGUGUUGGACCUUCACCACGUGACAGUUAGCGGCUUCGCUCCUCUGCUGGAAUAUGCCUACACGUCGACACUCUCCAUCAGCACAGAGAAUAUUAUUGAUGUCCUUGCAGCUGCGAGUUAUAUGCAGAUGUUUGCUGUGGCUAGUACUUGUUCAGAGUUCAUGAAGUCCAGUAUUCUGUGGAGCCCCAGUAACAAUAGUAACGACACAAUGGCAGCAGACAAACCCCGUGAAUCAGCACCAGAGAGUGCCUCAUCAAACUGUGUCCUAACGCCGCUUGACGGCAGCGUGUCACCUGUGUCGUCUGACUGCAGUGUCAUGGAGAGGAAUGUUCCCGUUUGCCGCGAAUCACGCCGCAAACGAAAGAGCUUUGUAACCAUGGCCUCGCCUGAGAGUCCGCUCAAAUGCACGACACAGAUGAUCACUACCUCCCCCCAGGUACCCAAUCCAUCCCCCUCGUUCUCAGACAGCACAGCCCAGCCUGUGGAGUCCUCGCUGGCCUUCCCAUGGACGUUCCCAUUUGGCAUUGACAGGAGAUUCCACUCCGACAAAUCAAAGCUCCCAGAAAGCCCUCGUUGCCAAGAGCAGACGGCCGCAGUUACCUCUGAAGUGGUGGUUGGUCGUCGACUCAGUGACUAUCUAACGUGUGAAAGCUCCAAGGCGGUGUCGCCACCUGUGCCAGCUGAGGAAGAUGACGUGAGGGUGAAAGUGGAGCGCCUCAGUGACGAGGAGGUCCAAGAGGCAUCCUCCCACCCCGUCACCGCCCCUCAGAACUCGCUAAAUGAUCAACAGACGGUGCCAGGAAGUGAACAGGUUCAGGAGGAUCUCCUCAUCAGCCCACAGUCAUCCUCCAUAGGGUCACUGGAUGAAGGCGUGUCAGAGGGCUUGCCGUCGAUGCAGAGUACCUCUAAUGCUCCAGGACAUGCAGAGGAUGAUGAAAGGUUAGAAGGUAUUCAGUAUCCGUACCACCUCUAUAUCAGCCCAUCGGCCCGGCCUGGCACCAACGGCCCUGACAGGCCCUUCCAGUGUCCAACCUGUGGAGUUCGAUUCACACGCAUUCAAAACCUGAAGCAGCACAUGCUCAUACACUCCGGCAUUAAGCCUUUCCAGUGUGACCGCUGUGGAAAAAAGUUCACACGAGCCUACUCCCUAAAGAUGCAUCGGCUGAAGCACGAAGGUAAACGCUGUUUCCGGUGCCAGAUUUGUAGUGCCACAUUCACGUCCUUCGGUGAAUAUAAGCACCACAUGAGGGUCUCCCGACACAUAAUCCGCAAGCCGCGGAUUUAUGAGUGCAAAACGUGCGGCGCCAUGUUCACCAACUCUGGCAAUUUAAUUGUACACCUGAGGAGUCUGAACCAUGAGGCAUCCGAACUAGCAAACUACUUCCAGAGCAGUGAUUUCCUCGUGCCCGACUACCUGAGCCAGGUGCAGGAGGAGGAGGAGGCGCUGGGAGUCCAGUAUGAACUGGAAGAAUCCCAACAUCACCCUGUCUAUGCAGGCGGAACCUCUACUGUCAUUUCCACCUCAUCCUCCUCCUCAGUCCAGAUGCCUGUCAUCUCCCAGGUCUCCUCUUCUACCCAGAAUUGCGAGAGCUCAUCUGGCCUCCUUUCACCCGAUUCCCUGGAUCCCCUGGAAACCCCCACCUCCUUCAAAAUGGACACCGGCAAUGCUGUAACCCUGACAGAGGAGACAAAGACGGACAACAGCGAAGGAGGCAGUUCGCCGGAGGUAUUUGAACAAGAACACCAUCGGCGGAAGAAUGCCCAGGCCAAGGAGUUGGCUUCCAUCACCAUCGAGUGAUUUGAUUCAUUGAUAACGUGACAACGCCAAAAGACGUCAUCACCGACUUGCAUCAAGACUUCAGCUGGCCUGGUGAUGUUUUUCACUUUCAACAAGGUAAAUGAUUUGUGUCGAUUGUUUCCCUUGGAAAAGGGAUGUAGAUUUUUUUCCCAUUUGAUGUGAGUGCACUGCCGCCGGAGGUGCGUUCAAGCCAAGCCUUGCCCUUUUGGAAAGUGCCUGAGAGUAACUGGUAUCUUGUAGAAGAAGAGCACCUGAGUUUGCAACCAAUAACAAAAAUGAAAUCCUUACAAACUGAGUUUCAAAACGCUUUAUUUCUGUGACGAUGACCAUGCUAGUUCAUAUUGGCAGUGUCGGUCCUUCUGUUUUGUCACUGUAGGAAAACGGUUAAAUGUCUUUGAUGUCUAUAUUGACAGUUUUUCAUGUGGUUUGCCGUCUGAAUGCAGUAUAUGUUGUAUGUAUAUUGCUUUUUGAUAGAAUACUUACCGUACAUUUUGUUAAUACAUGUAAAACUUGAAUCGAUUUUCACUCAAGUUUUCUGCCGUAUCUGCGUUUUUCUGAUUAUUAUUAUUGUGAUUAUUAGCACUGACAAGUAUUUAAUACUCAAUUACACAGUUGUGGUCAAAAGUUGUGCUUUGCCCCAUGUAGCCAGUUGAGAUAUUAGAUGAAUUGUUUAGAGAAAGACACCAUACAUGGUGUCCCAAAAUGCAUAUUUUCAAGAAAUUAAUAUUUUCUUCAGUGGUAAUAUUAAGAAAUAACAUCUUCAAUAGGAUUGCCAACAUUUGUGAUCCACAUUUUUUAGUCCUUCCUUGACCUUGAAGUAUCCCGAUUCACUUUCAUGAUCAGUUCAUUACCAUAUUUACCAUAUAAUUAAGUCGGAAUUUUUUCAUAAUUUGGCAGAUUCUGCCGUGUUUCCAUGGACUUCCUGCUUGCGACCCAAACAGUCUAUUUAAUUUACUUCCCCACCAGCCCUCCUCCGGGUACGCCCAAUCCGCUGUGGUUGGUUACACACCCAAGCGCUCCCGCUCUAAAUUGUCUAUAAGUGUGAUUGUGAGUGCACAGUAUAUAUUUGAUGCUAAAGAUAAGUCAAGAAAUUCAAGAAAAAAAUUGAAUAUCAGAUUUUAGAGUUUUUGGGGUUUUAUAAGUUCUUUUUCUAGUACAGAUAUACUAAUGAGUAUAUGUAAACUUCUGACCACAACUGUACAUUGUGUAGAAGAUAACGCUGCUGUCUACAUUGGAUUUGCAAGGUUUUCACACAAUGGAAGUGCUCUACAAGCUUUAGGAAAUUGUAAUGUAGCAUUCCAUGCCGGUUUAUAUUAGACCUGCUCUGUCUGUUUUUAUGUUGACAGACAAAAGUGUUUCAUAAAGUGGAAUCUGCCGUUUAUUUCCACAGCCCGUUUAAGUCGACCCAACUCAUCAAGUCCUGGUCCACCGUGUUGAAAAAGCGACAUACAUGGUCGACAUAAAAUUUCAAAUUUUUCAAAAGUUUGUUACGGUAUUGUUAAAACAAGUCUUUAUUGCUCGCCUCUUUUUGCAAAAGUAUAUUUGUGGUUAUGUCAAAAGGAGUAAAAACAAAAGAAGAAGGGUGGGAGGGGCAACAGGAAAGGAACUGCCUUGUACCGGCAAAGCUUCGACAUAGGACCAAAGGUCUGUUCUGCUUCUGCAGUGGACUCCUCACGCAUUUGUUUAUCCCUCCUUUACGCAACUUACAAAGUCUGGUUAUGUCUCUGGCCAAAGUCCCACGUAAUUGUUCAAGCAAUGGCUUACGUCGAUGUGAGUCAACCAAUCCGAGGGAUGUCGACGGGUUCCACUGCUUUGAGGCAUUAGAAGCUGUGUAACAGUAAACCUUAUUUUAAGAUGUUUAAUUAAGUGUAACAUGAUUGUCUUUUCCAAAAGAACGGUGGCUCGAUUACUUGGUACAAUUAAUGAUACAUUAAUUGUACCGAAUCACAAAUCGAUAUAGCAGUAAAAGUUUUUUUUAUGUGAUUUAAGGUCAAACCUGUCUGCAACUAAUAAUCUCAUCAGGCAGUACGUUUACAUGCAAUAAAUUAGUCAGAUUCUCAAAUGAAUCGGUCUUUUCCAUUUAUGUAUCUGAAGUCCCUGUUUACAUGCACUAUUUGUAAUGUGAUCAUUGGCCAUACGCUGGGUGCUUCCGGAAUGAUUGAUGGCGCUGAUGCUCCUCUCAGCGCAGGUGAAUGUAUAGCUUAUCCAGCUAGUCACAAAUCGGUAACUGGCAUGCUCGUUACACAUUAGGGGUUUCUUUGUGUAGGAUACUUGAUUUGUAGGAAAACAUGAUAUUUUGGCAAUCAUUUUGUCAAACUGAAUUGUAGGAAAACCAGGGCCUAUGAAAAUUGAAGUACCACUGUAUUCAAUGUACAUUAGCUUGAAAGUCAGCGCUCUCUUACACAUAGCCCGGGAGACAUCAUGUAUGGCUUUUGGAAGCACCCAUGCAUGCAACUUCAGACAGCUUUUUUUUAAUUUGUCAAGAUCCUGUAACACUCCUAACGAUUAUUAUUUUUUAGUGCAUGUGAACGUACUGAGUUUACCUGAAUGCUGACUGGCUAACUAAUGAGUGGUGAAAAAUGAGGAUGUAAAGCCUUGUUAAAAGCAUUGAUUGUACAGACGAACCUUGUGUGUUAAGAAGAGUCGUGUCACACCGUGCCAUUUGUGUCAGCCAAGGUUUUUUGUGCCAUUUGUCCGACGAAACGUCAAGAUUUCCUUUUUUCCCCGAAGGACCAAAUGUUUUAUAUCUCAUUGGGGGAAUUUGCCAUGGCAAUCAGUACUUGCACAUUAGAAAAGUAAUCAGUAUAAGUGGAUAAUCAGCGUAAGUGGUCCAUGCAAAGUAGCAAAGGGGUUUUGUUAUUUCACCCCUAAAAAACACUGUAUGAUGUGAGUCCAAGAGGCCAGCCUUAGUAAAUGGACCUAAUAACUGUAGUUGCACACUAUCAAACUAUUUCACUUACAAGUAUUUCUCCAGUUGUAAUGCUUUGCACUUGUUGUGUACGUGUGUGUGUUUUCAAACAAUCUUGUGUGUGUGUGUGUUUUUGUGUGUGUGUAUAUAUAUAUAUGUGUGUAUGUACAUAUGUAUAUCUUUAUAUGUAUAUGUGUAUAUACAGUGAAGAAAAUAAGUAUUUGAACACCCUGCUAUUUUGCUAUUUCUCCCACUUAGAAAUCAUGGAGGGGUCUGAAAUUUUCAUCGUAGGUGCAUGUCCACUGUGAGAGAGAUAAACUAAAAAGAAAAAUCCAGAAAUCACAAUGCAUGAUUUUUUAACAAUUUAUUUGUGUGAUACAGCUGCAAAUAAGUAUUUGAACACCUGAGAAAAUGAAUGUUAAUAUUUGGUACAGUAGCCUUUGUUUGCUAUUACAGAGGUCAAACGUUUCCUGUAGUUUUUCACCAGGUUUGCACACACUGCAGGAGGGAUCUUGGCCCACUCCUCCACACAGAUCUUCUCUAGAUCAGUCAGGUUUCUGGGCUGUCGCUGAGAAACACGGAGUUUGAGCUCCCUCCAAAGAUUUUCGAUUGGGUUCAGGUCUGGAGACUGGCUGGGCCAUGCUAGAACCUUGAUAUGCUUCUUACGGAGCCACUCCUUGGUUUUCCUGGCUGUGUGCUUCGGGUCGUUGUCGUGUUGGAAGACCCAGCCACGACCCAUCUUCAAUGCUCUGACAGAGGGAAGGAGGUUGUUCCCCAAAAUCUCACAAUACACGGCCCCAGUCAUCCUCUCUUUAAUGCAGUGCACUCGUCCUGUCCCAUGUGCAGAAAAACACCCCCAAAGCAUGAUGCUACCACCCCCAUGCUUCACAGUAGGGAUGGUGUUCUUCGGAUUGUACUCUUCAUUCUUCUUCCUCCAAACACGCUUAUUGGAAUUAUGACCAAAAAGUUCUAUUUUGGUCUCAUCUGACCAUAAAACUUUCUCCCAUGACUCCUCUGUAUCAUCCAAAUGGUCAUAUGCAAACUUAAGACGGGCCUUGACAUGUGCUGGUUUAAGCAGGGGAACCUUUCGUGCCAUGCAUGAUUUCACAUCAUGACGUCUUAGUGUAUUACCUACAGUAACCUUGGAAACGGUGGUCCCAGCUCUUUUCAGGUCAUUGACCAAGUCCUGUCGUGUAGUUCUGGGCUGAUUCCUCACCUUUCUUAGAAUCAUUGAGACCCCACGAGGUGAUAUCUUGCAUGGGGCUCCACUCCGAUUGAGAUUGACCGUCAUGUUUAGCAUCCUCCAUUUUCUAAUGAUAGCUCCAACAGUGGACCUUUUUUCACCAAGCUGCUUGGUAAUUGCUCCGUAGCCCUUUCCAGCCUUGUGGAGGUGUACAAUUUUGUCUCUGGUGUCUUUGGACAGCUCUUUGGUCUUCGCCAUGUUACAAGUUAAAGUCUUACUGAUUGUAUGGGGUGGACAGGUGUCUUUAUGCAGCUAACGACCUCAAACAGGUGCAUCUGAUUCAGGAUGAUACAUGGAGUGCAGGUGGACUUCUAAUGGGCAGACUAACAGGUCUUUCAGGGUCAGAAUUCUAGAUGAUACACAGGUGUUCAAAUACUUAUUUGCAGCUGUAUCACACAAAUAAAUUGUUAAAAAAUCAUGCAUUGUGAUUUCUGGAUUUUUCUUUUUAGUUUAUCUCUCUCACAGUGGACAUGCACCUACGAUGAAAAUUUCAGACCCCUCCAUGAUUUCUAAGUGGGAGAAAUAGCAAAAUAGCAGGGUGUUCAAAUACUUAUUUUCUUCACUGUAUAUAUAUAUAUAUAUUUACAUACAUACAUAUAUACGUAUAUUUAUAUUUGUGUCGAUAUAUAUGUCAUGAAAAUGCUGCUGUUUGCUGAAAAGUGCCCAAACUAUUUUUGUGAACUAAUUGUGUGCAAUAAAAUGGACAGGUGUUGUUCUGAAAGUUACAAAUCUGUUUUUUGGAGUGCUGAGUUGCAUACUGUGUACAGUACCUCAUAAAAGUGGGUGCACUACUCGCAUUUCUGCAAAUGUGACAACACCAAAGAAAUGACACUCUGAUACAAUGCAGUCAUUUGUCGAUAUAAUAAUGUGAGUAAUCCCUUGUUUAUUGUGGUUAAUCAAAAAAACGAAUGUUACUACCCUUUAAAUAUGUUUUUUUUUACAUUAGAGUUCUCUAGACAUGAGAAGUAACAUUCCUAUAGUCACCUUUACACUUGUAUUACCCAAUAUAGUAGACAUAAUAUGAGAAAAUACGACAUUAUAUCGACUCACGCAUGUUAGCAUUAGGAGAGGGUGCACGAAAGUGGUGACUGAACGACUGAAAUGUGUUGUUAUUUUGAGAGGACGGCUGUACACUGACUACUUUCUUUUGUAUCAGAGUGUCGUUUUUUCAGUGUUGUUCCCUUGGAAAGCUAUAUCUGCAGAAAUGUAAGGAGUGUACUCACUUUUUUGAGGUACGCUAUAUAUACUAUACAAGGUGGACCUAAAAUUGGUAUAACUGCUGGAUGCUGACAAUAUAUCUUGUGGAGUUGAUUUAAAAUAUUCAUCAAGAGGUUGCCAUUGUUUUUGGGAGCCGGUGCUAAUAAAAACAGAAUGAAAAACUGUCCUAAGUGUAUACCUAUUUUUGGCCCACUCUGUGUAUAAAGUGUAUGAUAUAUAUAUAUAAAUAUAAUGAAUGUGUCAUUUCUUUGUAUUGGUAUGAAUUGAAGAGGCAAGGAACCCAUUUCAUCUGUGAAACAAGAAGCCUUUGUGUUGAUCUUUGAAGUUGCAUGUUUAUGUUGUGUAAAGUGGAGAGCAUGUCCUGAUGUGUUGAUCACACAGUGUACCUGUAGAUCUGUUGCUGGGGCAUGACCUUUUUUUCCCCUCUCCUGUACAUUAGCCCUUUUAUGUGCAAUGGUUUUCAAAAAUAUUCUGCCUUUUAAGUGUGCACUUGGUGUCGUCUACCAGUUUUCUACCAGUCUAUGUUUUAUUUUAAAGUAUGGGAAACAUAUAUAUAUAUAUAUAUACAUACAUAUAUAUAUACACACACACACUCACACAUCUGGUCACUGUUUGAUGGCAUUGUUCUUGUUAAAUGUGAAUGGUUUCAUUUUUCACUCUUGAGUGUCUGCAGUAUGUGUAUAGUUAAUAUAAAUAUACAGUAUAUACAUACUGGUUUGCAUAUUCUUUAUACUGUAGCCACUUGAUUACAACCUGCUUUCUGAAAGAUGUAUUUUUUGUCUUUGAUAUACUGUAUUUAGCUUGGAGAAACUAUUAUUUUUGUGAUAGACUGCACAUUUUGUUUUGUGUGUGCGUGCGUGUGUUUCACAAUUUGCUCUUAAAAAAACUGACAAUACCACUUUGUAUUUUAGGAUUCGUGGUUGUACUAAUUCUGAAUUUGAUAGUGUUUUUGGCUUUGCAGUCCUGUUGUUAUUUUGUAAAUGCAUA